AUGGAGGGCAGCCUCUUCACCAUCCAAUCUGCCGAUUAUCCCCAUGACUCGCAAGUCAGCUUCGACCCCUCGAUUGCUGAUUUCGACACCCCUUCCGAAGGCAGCAUUCGCCUCCCUCGGAUCUUCUCCCUCACCGAAAGCGCUCGCGGCAACCAGGAGCAGCCCCCUUCGCCAGAUGUUCCGAGCCCGCCUCCCUCCUCGCUUCCGGCCAAAGACGAGGCUCCUUUCCGUAAUGCCUGCUUCGAGGCCGACUCUAACGCGGAGGUCCUGGCUUCCCUCGACACAUUGAUCUGCGCCGAAGGGGGGCUCCUCAUGCGCGACGGUCGAAUCUGGAUUCCCCAGGCCCGCCCUCCUAUGCAACCGCUUCAAGCCCAAGAGCUCUUCAUUUGUGCCUCCCUGUCCGGCCAACAUCCCACCGAGACCCUUCGAGCCGCUGGCCGGUGA